AUGGCAACCUUUUUGAUGAUACAGAGCCCAUUAUUUGGUCCCAAGAUUGUUGCCCCAGACAAUCACUUCAUUACUGUGCCUCAAGUGAGUGAGGGUCAGGGCCAGCAGGACAACUGCGUUGUGGCCGCCCUUCAAAGGAAAAUUGAGGAACGUCUUGUGAAGGAUGCAAAUGCUAAGGUGAUAUUCCUUGACAUUAAUGGGGAGCCACGAUCUACGCGUUGUGUCUACGAAUCGUUGUACGAGACUCUGUUUGUCAAUGAUUCGGUUUCCGUUCAUCAUUUUACGGACGCGGAAGGCGGUAUCAAGCGUCGUCUGGUCAUUCUCUAUCCAAUGUCAAAGAAACGUCGUGGUGAAUUGCCAAAGGUCCAGCUGUUGAGAAAGCUGGACAAAACGGUCAAAACAGAGGAGCAGUCGGGGUUGGAACUCUUGGAUCUGCGUCACUUUGAACGAGACGGCAAAGUUCUGGAAGGCAUGGGGGUGUUGAACUUUUCGUACAACGGUGAGUUUGUCUACAUGGCGCUUUCUUCGCGCAGCAACGAAGAGGUUCUUGAUGUUGUCUGCAGCCCUGAAUACUUGAACAUUCCCAAGGGGAAGCGGUUUAUCUUCACUGCUGUGCUUCCACGUUUUGCUGACAAUGGACAUAAGACCGGUGAAGACGUUGUCCAUCACACCAACCUUAUUGGCUGGUGCGGAAAGGGCAUCUGUGCGUGGGGCCUUGAAUUUUUGCGCUUCCCUUCUGAGGAGAAGAAGAACGCCUUUUACGAGCACCUGGAGGAAAGGUACGCGAAGAUCCUCAAUCUCAACGCCGAGGAGAUUCGCGCCUUUGCUGGCAACGCCUGCGAGAUUUCGCUUUCUACGGGGGAGGGUGAACGUCACGUUCUGUGUAUUUCUAAUCUUGCCAUCAACUCUCUUCGUGACCGCAACGUCAAAAUCCUUAAAGAGUGGUAUGGGCAAGAUAACAUAUUUAUCUUCUACGGAGAAACACUCGAACGCCGGGCUGGUACCUCGGUUGGCGGAUUAAUCGGCCGCCCAGUCACCCACGGCGAGGUUCUUCCUGCCCCUGGGAACGUGACUGCUUUGGAAGUGGCACGUGUCGAUGAAAAGGUUAUUUGCCCUACGGUGCGUCGUUAA